AUGCCGGAUCCGCCCGGCGCCGAUGCGCCCCCGCCCGAGGACCUAUUGGGUGGUAAUGGCGCGAGUGAUUCAUCACUCAACACGCAAACGCGUGAAGCGGUCACUGGAGGAACCGCGAAUCCUCCAGCUUGGUCGCCCGAGGCAACUCAGGUCCGGUUGGACCAUGAGAAGCUGAUGAAGAAGACCUUCCAAGUGCUCGGGAUUGUUCCCUCCAGCAAGUCGACCCGCCGACUGAUGGUCCUGAUGCACGACGCCUCGACCCCGCCUUCGCAGGCGCCAGCGCUCGCACCAGCCGCCCAAAGAGCGGUGCGAAACGACGCAGCCCCGGCCUCCAAUGUGAUUCGAGUCAUUAUGGAUGGUCCUGGAUCACCCAGAGGUCCUGUACAGACCGCGCUGCGCAAGCACUUUGGAUUGGCCGAGACGCCGUUCAUGUUCGCGCGGCCCGAGGGCGUCGUGCUUGACCCCGAGGUCGAGAAGCUUUUCUCGAAAUGCGUGAAGCUGAACCCGAUUGUGACGAAAGCCACGAAGAGGUUCCCGAUCGCUCGUCACAUGUACGAGCUUGUAUUCGAAUCCGAGCAAGCUUGUCUUGAAGCCGCUUCAGCGGGCCCAUUCCCCUACCACGGCAAGGAGAUGGUUACCGAGCUCCCCAGCGCCUCUCCCCUUAACCACGUCGUGCAGGUGCGAUUCACCUUGCCCUCCUCCUCCAGCGCGAUCCCCGCUUCCGUGCUCCGAAAAUCUCUCGAUGAUGCUAUCACCCUUUCGUUCGGCCGCGCAGGUCGCACGCAAGGUUAUACCCUGAUGCAAUUACAGCGGGGCCUCGCGGUCGAUCCGAAUGGCGAUCCGAUGGCCAUGACCGAAGACGGGUUCCACUGCGCGUACCUUCGCUUACAUGCUGAUCUUUUCCAAGGCUCCAUCGAGACGCAGAAGGCUGCGCUCAACGCCGCUUUGCCACAAGAGAUCGAGAUCCUGGGCGCCAAGUAUGGCUUGCGACACGAAUUCGAGACGCACUACUGCGCGGUGUGCGAUCGCGCCGGACACCAGUGGGGCGCUUGCAGGAAGCCGGUUUCGACUCCGGCCACCGCCGCCCCUGUUCCGGGGGCCUCGACCUCGACUUCGACUUCGACCACCGGCUUCCGAGUUGCUGGAAAGAAUGGGAAGCACGGUGGGCCUGCCGCAUUGAACUCUCGUGUCUCUGGCGCGAACAUGAUCCAGCUGGGACCUCGUGCUAACCCCGCAGGUGCAGUAACCGCCAACAAGGACGACGCGAACGACGGCGACGACGAGUCGGUCGUUUCGACCGAACCGGAGGGCGGUGACACUGGGGAAGAGACGUCGACGCGUGCGACCCUGGGCUCAACAAAGGAGACGCAGACGACGACGGCGGCGCCCGUUUCGACCCCGACCUCUCCUUCGCCUUUGUCCGGUGGCACGUCGGGAUCAUCGGCAACCUCGACAACCUCGAUAGCCUCGACGAGUCCUCGACGCCUUCGUUCGAGCUCGGCACCCGGCAACCGACGUGUCACCCGGGCAGGAUCCGCCAUGAUCCUCGGUGCAUCAGGGGGUGAUGGCUCAGGGGGCAACAGUUCAGGGGGUCACAGGUCCGAGGUGACCGAAUUCGAGGGGGGCGGCGCUGAACUGAUUUAAUCAUGAUUGAGUCACUCACCGUGUUGACGUUCAACGUCCGAUCGAUGAAGAACGCAGUCAACCAAGUCAAAAUCAUCCGUUAUCUCAAAACCCUUCGGCCGGCCCCUGCGGCCAUCCUCCUGCAAGAGCACCACCUCAGCUACAACGCGUCACGCGAAGGCUUCGAGAGUGCUUGGCCGGGGGCUUGUAUUCGUUUCACUCCUCAUGUCCUUACCCUCAUACCCGAUGGCUCACCUUUGGCGGGCCAUCUCCUUUCCUCUACCCCGGUCGUCUUUGCAGGAGCUCCUCGUUUCGACGGUCGGAUUCUGCGCUCGGUGUUUCGUCUUGAGGAGCUCGAUGUCGAGAUCAUCAACAUGUACGCGCCGGUGCAGGAGGACGAUCGUCGCGACUUUUUCGGGCUUCUGCACUUCAACGCCCCGAGACCCAAGAUUCUUCGGAUCUUGGCCGGCGAUCUCAACGAUUGUCCGGAUGUAUCGGUCGACCGAGUGUCCAUCACCGAUCGCGCUUGGACUCCUGUAUCGCACUGGCAGACCUUGCUGUCAAAGAUCGCGUUCAAGGCACUCGACACGGUCCGACAUGUCCAUCCUUGCACCCCUGCAUUCACUCGUCCUCACUACCGUGGUAGAGGGGAAGAGCGAAAGAUUUGCUCGUGGUCGCGGAUCGACUAUAUUCUUGUCCAAUGCAGUUGGGCGAACCGGUUGUUGAGCGCUUCUACGCUCUUCGAUGCGCCCUGUUCGGACCACAGACCUGUAGUUGCGACUUUCGCUUUGCCUACAUCGAACGCUGAUGCCGAACCCCCCCUUUCUCUUCCCUCCACGAGCGAUUUCAUUUCGAGGCUCAACCCAAUGGUCUUUGACGAUCAAGACUUUGUCGCAUCGAUUCCCGGGGUCGUCGACGAGGUCUAUCAAAGGCUCGAGGGGACCGCUCCGCUCGGCGACGUCUAUGACGCCGCUCUGCGGGCGGUUGCAGUCGCUGGCCAUGCACGAUACCGCUCGACUCGUGCCGACAUGCGCCGACUGCGGGCCGAGAGCCAAUCCGUCAUGGAGGCUUUGGAGGCACGCGGUGAGCACAUGAAUGAGGCCGAGCGCGAUGCGUAUGCUCUUGCCAAGUCGUGGUUGGACCAGUUGGCGGUAAAGGAGGCUCAGUGGCUGCGCAUUCGUGCGCAUGUGCCGUCAGUCGACUCGAGGGAAGGUCAAUCGGCAAGCAUUCGCACGCGCCUCAACCGCCGGAGUCGCCAGACGAGCAUCGUCUCGCUGGAGGAUGUGGAUGGCACCGAGACCGUUGACAUGCAGGAGGCGCUGGGUAUUGCUUCACGGCACGCGCAGUCGCUCUUCACGCCGGACCCAGCUCGUGGCGACCCGACGAACGCACGCCGGUCCCUGCUCGACCCUAUUCGCGCAGCGAAAUGCUACGAUGACGACCGCUCGGACCCUACGUUCGGUCGUCGGCUGCCUCGUCAAGCGAGAGUGGCGCUUGACGAGCCCUUCACCCUCCUCGAGGUUGAAGCGGCGUUGAAGAAGACGGAUUCGGGGCGAUCACCGGGGCCCUCGGGCAUUCCGUACGAGCUCUUCAAGGCGCUGCCAACCUACUUUGCUCCCAAGCUGUUGGACUUGUUCAACUCGAUUUGGGAGGGCGGCAAAAUGACGGCGUCCUUGGCAGAGGGGCUGGUGCGGCUCUUGCCCAAGAAUAAACCGGGGGCCAAUCUGAAAUCACUGGGGGCAUACCGACCGAUCACAUUGCGCGAGACGACCUACAAGGUCCUCAGCAAGGUCUUGGUGGCGCGACUCAAUGGGGUGCUCGGCGAGCUUUUACCGCCGGCGCAACACGGUUUCAUGCCAUCAAGACGUUCAGCGGACGCGGGAAGUCAUCUCACUCUCCUUCUCGAAAAACUCAAGUCGCUAGGCACUGAUGUUUUCCCCGAGGGCGCCCUCUUGUCUUUGGAUCAGCAGAGCGCGUACGAUCGGGUCGAUCACGCCUGGAUCUUCGAGGUCUUUGAGGCCUUUGGGUUCGGUGAGCGUUUCAUCUCGCUGCUGCGCGCUCUCUACGAUCCCGAGACUCUGGGGGUGCGCUACCUUGUCAAUGGGUUCCCCACGGACUUGGUGCGGUUGCUGUGUGGUCUCGGUCAGGGGGAUCCCCUCUCGUGCCCGGUUUGGAACAUCACGUUCCAGCCCUUCCUCGACGCCCUCGUUCGGCGCGGGAUCGCGCUCGACCUGCAGAAGGUGUGGCCAGGGGGGCCGCGUGCGCAGCUUACGCAUCUGGCGUUUGCCGACGAUGCUGUGGUGGUGGUGGAGUCACCGGCGGCAUUGUCGAAGCUGCAAACGCUGUCGCAGACGUGGUACGAGGCUACCAACGGGAAGACCAACACGGACAAGACGCUGGUGCUACCACUCGGACCGAACUGGCUUCGGGACGAGACUGCGCAGGCGCUGCCAACGGUGCAGGAGGGGGAGAGCUUCAAGUGGUGCGGUUAUGCCUUCUUUCGCCACGGUGACUCGAAACUGUUUUGGACCCAUGUUCUUGACAGGAUCAAGGCCAAGACCCGCGCCGCUCGAGACCGGACACUUUCGCCGAGUGGGAAGGUUUUCUAUGCCAACGCUCACAUCAUCUCGACGGUCCUCCACGUGCUGUCCUUCGACAUACCGCCUCAAUGGUUCAUUAAGGCGGCGGAGACGGCACUUACGGACUUUGUCUGGGGAGGAGCAGGGCGAAAUACCGUCGCUCGCGAUUUCGUGUUCCAGGCUCGGGAGGACGGUGGCUUGGGUUUGAUUUCGAUUGGCGACAUCGUUCAUUCGGUGGCGCUUCGAUUUUGGGAUGCUGUGGCGGGCUCGGACGAGGCGAUCUGGGCGCCCCUAGCUCGCGAGAGCUGGAGGUCCCUCGUCGCUGCGACCCGCGAUUUCAGUCCGUGGGGGUUCUUCAGCAGCACGGCUCGGGUCGAGAAGCUGUAUCGCGACUCGACGCGCUGGGGGGCAGUCGUUGCAGCGGCCAGGGUCACAGUUCCAACCAUCAAGUCCGAACUCCUUACGCUUCCCGAAUUGCUCUCGCUUCCGCCUCGCCUCCCUUCACUCUAUGCUGAAGGUGCCCAGCACGCAUAUGACGAUGCGGACGCGGUGGCGAAGUUUGCGCAGAUCGCGGACCUGUACUGGAGGGACGAAGGGAAGGGAUGGGCUCUGGUUGGUCAUCGACGCGGGUUCUGGCAGCACUCUAAGGAACCCGCCCUACAGCACGAGCACGUGUGGUCGCGCGUGGGUCAGUUGCUCAAGGCGAAAGCGUUGCUGCCCAAGACCGCGUUGCGACCUGCUCGGAUACCUCUCAAGGAGGCUCCCCGUCCUCGGUGCUUCAACUUCUUUGGGUUCUCCCGACCUUUUACGAUUCGCAAGCUUCGUCGGCUUGUGAACAAGGUGCGGUUCCCAGGGAGGGAGGACCGUGUCAAGCGUUUCCCUGAUGGGACUUCUCAGAGCGAUAGGAAGCGCUUCUGGAGAUGGCUUCAUGACCGGUUCGCGUCUGCUGUCGAGCAGGACACCCACUGGCGGCUCAUGUACGACGUGACGCCGACGCGCAAGAGGCAGCAUACUCAGGGUCAUGCCUCUUCGCCGACGUGUCUGUUCUGCGGCAACGAUGCAGCGGUCAUCGAGACGGUGUCCCACUACUUUUUCGAGUGCGCGUACUCGACCAGCUUCUGGGGUGGGGUGCUACGCAUUCUGCUUGACAAGCUCGGCAUCGAGGAUACCGACGUCGAUCCGUCGACGUUCACUCCGGAGCAGCUGACUAUGGGGCUCCCCCUUUUGCGGGGUCGUGGGAGAACGACCUCGAAAUGGAUGUGGGUUCGGCUGGCCUGCGCGAUCGGCUUCCAGCGGCUGCACCUGCUCCGCUGGCGCGUUCAUCAGCGGUUCGAGCUGGACAACGUCGUGGCCCCUCCCUCGCUUCCCAGUACGCUCAGAGCGUUCGAGCGAGAUUUUCUCUCUCGAGCGGGUUUUGUGCCUGGGGUUCGAGAUUGGGAGGUGUGAUGACCGAGUUAAGUCCUUCCUUCCCAUUUUCCUCCCCUCCUUUCCUGCCUUCCUUUUCGGUCAGAAGCUGACUGUCUUGAAACUUGUUGCGCAGUGGAAGGCUGCGCACCUCUCCCUCUCUCUACUUUGUGCAGUAGCGGUUUUCGUUCUUGGAUGGAUCGGCAAGCCGGGUCGAUCGUCGUUGCGUUGGAGGCUUUGUGAAGUUCUCCCCUCUCUUUCCCCUUUCUCCCUUCCCUUCCUCUUCUCGUUCCUGUUGCUCGGUUGUUGACUACGCUUCAGCCACUUCUCCUUUUAUUCCUAAGUCGUGUGUUGGAUUCCGUCGAAUGGAUCGUUCGUUCGCGUUGGUCAAGAUCUACGGCAUGGAUCGGGAAGAAAGGUCGCUCGUUUUUUUGGUCAAUAUCCUCGCGUCAAGGCGAGGCUCGUUUCGUUGUAUUGGAUCGUUUUCGCUCGGCCCCGACGGCUCAACAGCCAGCACUCGAGACUCAGCCAAGGGAGGACAUCAGGCGCUGUCGGGGUGACGAGUAGCUGGGGCUUGGCUGCGGCCUGUCAGUCCCUGGGGACCUCUAGCUCUGGCUUCGACCCCCUCCCUUGGCCCCUCGGGUGUGUUCCCCUCCUCCUCCCCUCCUCUCUGUCUUAGUAUUCCUGGUUCUCCGUGUUUCCAGUCGUGAAUUUUUGUAUAUUCUCCCCUUUUCUUUCUCUAGGCGCUCUUGCCUGGUUUUCGAGUAUCUUCGCUCCCGCUCUUGGGACGUGAAGCGGCAGCAGUACUCACCGCCCGUUGGAGUCCGCGUUAGGUGCUCGGCGAGUUUUGAUCUGCGCAGCGCUCUUUGCGCGCAGGGGUUUGACUUUCACCCAAUUGCUUGCCGUCGUUGCUUUAUAACCUCUUUUAGCUCUUUUUCUAGCGGUCCCAGCCAACCCAAAGGAUUGCAAUUUAUGAGCCCCAGUAAAAAAUAAAAAAAAGAAGUCAUCUCACUCUCCUUCUCGAAAAACUCAAGUCGCUAGGCACUGAUGUUUUCCCCGAGGGCGCCCUCUUGUCUUUGGAUCAGCAGAGCGCGUACGAUCGGGUCGAUCACGCCUGGAUCUUCGAGGUCUUUGAGGCCUUUGGGUUCGGUGAGCGUUUCAUCUCGCUGCUGCGCGCUCUCUACGAUCCCGAGACUCUGGGGGUGCGCUACCUUGUCAAUGGGUUCCCCACGGACUUGGUGCGGUUGCUGUAUGGUCUCGGUCAGGGGGAUCCCCUCUCGUGCCCGGUUUGGAACAUCACGUUCCAGCCCUUCCUCGACGCCCUCGUUCGGCGCGGGAUCGCGCUCGACCUGCAGAAGGUGUGGCCAGGGGGGCCGCGUGCGCAGCUUACGCAUCUGGCGUUUGCCGACGAUGCUGUGGUGGUGGUGGAGUCACCGGCGGCAUUGUCGAAGCUGCAAACGCUGUCGCAGACGUGGUACGAGGCUACCAACGGGAAGACCAACACGGACAAGACGCUGGUGCUACCACUCGGACCGAACUGGCUUCGGGACGAGACUGCGCAGGCGCUGCCAACGGUGCAGGAGGGGGAGAGCUUCAAGUGGUGCGGCUAUGCCUUCUUUCGCCACGGUGACUCGAAACUGUUCUGGACCCAUGUUCUUGACAGGAUCAAGGCCAAGGCCCGCGCCGCUCGAGACCGGACACUUUCGCCGAGUGGGAAGGUUUUCUAUGCCAACGCUCACAUCAUCUCGACGGUCCUCCACGUGCUGUCCUUCGACAUACCGCCUCAAUGGUUCAUUAAGGCGGCGGAGACGGCACUUACGGACUUUGUCUGGGGAGGAGCAGGGCGAAAUACCGUCGCUCGCGAUUUCGUGUUCCAGGCUCGGGAGGACGGUGGCUUGGGUUUGAUUUCGAUUGGCGACAUCGUUCAUUCGGUGGCGCUUCGAUUUUGGGAUGCUGUGGCGGGCUCGGACGAGGCGAUCUGGGCGCCCCUAGCUCGCGAGAGCUGGAGGUCCCUCGUCGCUGCGACCCGCGAUUUCAGUCCGUGGGGGUUCUUCAGCAGCACGGCUCGGGUCGAGAAGCUGUAUCGCGACUCGACGCGCUGGGGGGCAGUCGUUGCAGCGGCCAGGGUCACAGUUCCAACCAUCAAGUCCGAACUCCUUACGCUUCCCGAAUUGCUCUCGCUUCCGCCUCGCCUCCCUUCACUCUAUGCUGAAGGUGCCCAGCACGCAUAUGACGAUGCGGACGCGGUGGCGAAGUUUGCGCAGAUCGCGGACCUGUACUGGAGGGACGAAGGGAAGGGAUGGGCUCUGGUUGGUCAUCGACGCGGGUUCUGGCAGCACUCUAAGGAACCCGCCCUACAGCACGAGCACGUGUGGUCGCGCGUGGGUCAGUUGCUCAAGGCGAAAGCGUUGCUGCCCAAGACCGCGUUGCGACCUGCUCGGAUACCUCUCAAGGAGGCUCCCCGUCCUCGGUGCUUCAACUUCUUUGGGCUCUCCCGACCUUUUACGAUUCGCAAGCUUCGUCGGCUUGUGAACAAGGUGCGGUUCCCAGGGAGGGAGGACCGUGUCAAGCGUUUCCCUGAUGGGACUUCUCAGAGCGAUAGGAAGCGCUUCUGGAGAUGGCUUCAUGACCGGUUCGCGUCUGCUGUCGAGCAGGACACCCACUGGCGGCUCAUGUACGACGUGACGCCGACGCGCAAGAGGCAGCAUACUCAGGGUCAUGCCUCUUCGCCGACGUGUCUGUUCUGUGGCAACGAUGCAGCGGUCAUCGAGACGGUGUCCCACUACUUUUUCGAGUGCGCGUACUCGACCAGCUUCUGGGGUGGGGUGCUACGCAUUCUGCUUGACAAGCUCGGCAUCGAGGAUACCGACGUCGAUCCGUCGACGUUCACUCCGGAGCAGCUGACUAUGGGGCUCCCCCUUUUGCGGGGUCGUGGGAGAACGACCUUGAAAUGGAUGUGGGUUCGGCUGGCCUGCGCGAUCGGCUUCCAGCGGCUGCACCUGCUCCGCUGGCGCGUUCAUCAGCGGUUCGAGCUGGACAACGUCGUGGCCCCUCCCUCGCUUCCCAGUGCGCUCAGAGCGUUCGAGCGAGAUUUUCUCUCUCGAGCGGGUUUUGUGCCUGGGGUUCGAGAUUGGGAGGUGUGAUGACCGAGUUAAGUCCUUCCUUCCCAUUUUCCUCCCCUCCUUUCCUCCCUUCCUUUUCGGUCAGAAGCUGACUGUCUUGAAACUUGUUGCGCAGUGGAAGGCUGCGCACCUCUCCCUCUCUCUACUUUGCGCAGUAGCGAUUUUCGUUCUUGGAUGGAUCGGCAAGCCGGGUCGAUCGUCGUUGCGUUGGAGGCUUUGUGAAGUUCUCCCCCCUCUUUCCCCCCCUUUUUUUUUCCCUUCCCUUCCUCUUCUCUUUCCUGUUGCUCGGUUGUUGACUACGCUUUAGCCACUUCUCCUUUUAUUCCUAAGCCGUGUGUUGGAUUCCGUCGAAUGGAUCGUUCGUUCGCGUUGGUCAAGUUCUACGGCAUGGAUCGGGAAGAAAGGUCGCUCGUUUCUUGGUCAAUAUCCUCGCGUCAAGGCGAGGCUCGUUUCGUGGUAUUGGAUCGUUUUCGCUCGGCCCCGACGGCUCAACAGCCAGCACUCGAGACUCAGCCAAGGGAGGACAUCAGGCGCUGUCGGGGUGACGAGUAG